UACAUACACCAUACAUUAACUGGUAAUCCUUUCAGUAAGUAACAAGGAAGGGAAGAAGUUUUAUAUAUUAUUCAUAUAUUUCAUUUAUUAGUCCUACUUUUUUGAGAUAUUACUGCUUGCUCACUCGCUUGCUUGCUUGCUUGCUUUCUCCCCUGCUACAUUCAUUCUCCCCUACCUCACUCACCCUGCCCCGAACAACAAAAAACUUCCUUUUUCAAGUGCCGACCACAGCAUACCUACUAGGUACAUAUGCAACUCGGAAUCGGGGGAGCACUCCUUGUCAAGAAUAUCCAAGAAAUUCUCCGGGUACCGAUGCAAGAUAGAAGGUUGCAGGCGCCACUCGUACAUGGGUUAUCGGGGGUGCCUGUUCGGGAUCAGAUGAAUAGGUCUGGAUCCUCGUUGCGAAUUUCUGGAACUACUUUUGUGGGGGAUGCGAAGGAGGCUUAUGUGGUGGUGGGAGAUAUAAAUAUGUCGUUUCCAAUGGGCUUUAAGGGUUCGUUUUCUCUAUCUUCAAACUCAUCUUCGGCUUCAACUUCAACUUCAACUUUAACUUCAACUUUACCUUCAACUGUUUCUACUGUAUAUCAUCAGUUCAAAUCUUUAUCUUCGUUGUCACGAAACACAAACAUAUACAGCGAAAGCAAUAUGUUGCUCGUGGAAUCUAUCAUUGUGCUUGCUACGGCUUGCAUGUUAUAUAUCCUCAGUUUUCGACGAAAGACUCAUACCCACCGAGUUCAACCACCAAAUCAUCAAAAAACAUCCUCAACAUCCCGUUCAGCAACCAACACUACAAAAUUCCUCUAUAAUCCUCUCCCCAAUAUCUCCCGUCUCCUAUCAUGCACCUCACCAACCUCAUCAACAUCCCCAACCCCAUCUCCAACAUCCAAAACCAGCCCAUCAACACCUACACCCAACACCCAAAAACAAAGCAAACCCGAACCGGCCCCCCAAGAACCACCGUACAUCCUCCCACCCCUCAAACCAAGCUCUCCACACCCAACAUCCAUGGGUCUCAAACGACUCGACCAAUCCAACUGGUUAACCAUCGAUUCCUUCUACCAAACCGAACACACGCUUCGAGCUUCACUACUAGAAACACAUGGUCCAUGUGUGUUGCAGGUAUUGAAACCAGCUGUUUCGGCUACGUAUGAGGUAUUAGAGAUGGCUGUUGAGUUUUUAUUGAAGAGAUAUCCUGAUGAUUUUUCGCUUGUUUCUUCUGAGAAACUCCUAAAUAAAUUAACCGGCGAGGAACAUAUCAUUGGUUCUUCGUGUCCUAAUCCCCUUGAAACGGCAGCGAGAAUUUGUAUGGAAGAUUUCAAUAUUCUUCUUCAAGAUCCUGAGGAUGGUGUUGAUGCAGAAUGGAACUUAAUGGCCUCUGCUACUCUUUUCCCUGCUGGUUGGAAAUUACAAGAGAGGAUUGGGAGUAGUAUGGCUGUUUUACAUGCUCCUGUACCGGGAUGGAAAGAAAAAUUAGGAAAGAGUGUUAACCGGUAUGUAUUUCCUUUAACAUGUAUCUUUUUAAAAAAAAAACAUCUCAAUCCCCCGUCGCAACCAAAAUACAAAUUCCAUCCUAUCAUAUCCUAUCCACCACCAAAAAAAAAUAACUCCUAACAAACCCCUAGAUACUUCACCCACCUAACUCCCCGCACCUGCAUGGAACGCUCAAACCUCUUCAUCCAAACCACACCCAUCCUCUUCCAAGACGCCCCCGAACCACCACGUUCCCCUACCCAUCCCCUCACAGCAUCAGAUAUCUAUGUGCGACGCGAACGUCAGACAUUCACGCGUUUACCCAAAUCAGGAGCGGUCCUGUUUACAGUGAGGACUUAUAUGGAAGGAUUGACGGAGUUGGGGUUUCAGGAGGCGGAGUCCCUAGCAAAGCAGGUUAGGGGGUGGGAGCGGGAGAUGGGGAGGUAUAAGGGGUGGGGAGGUGGGGGUGGCGUUGGGGUGGUGUGAUGAGGUUGAGAAGGAGAAGGAAGGAAGAAGAGAGAGAGAAAAGAGGAGAGGAGAUUGGAGGAAUGAUGAGGAGAUUGAGAUUGAUUGAUCGAUUGGUCGAUUGGUCAAGCGUCAAAUAAUUUAAAUAUUCCGAUGGAUAUGGGUCCUCCGGGGAUUAGUAAGGCUAGCUCUGAUUGCGAUAUCUGCACAGGUACAUGAUGCAUCACAGGAUUCCAGGAUCGGAAAACCAAAACAUCACAUGAAGAAAAAAGAAAAGAAAAACACGAAGAUCAAAAGGCAGACAGAAAGGAAAGGAAAGGAAAGAGAAGAUAUAAUAUUUUAAUCAUACGUUAUGUAUGGCUGGGCUUACAAAAUGGAUACUGGGUACUGGCUGGGUACCGGAUACUGGAAUAUAAUUGAGAAUGGAUGGAGAGAUGGAAGAAGACUAAUACAUCACAUCACUGGAUGGAAUUUAAACAGGCUGGUACUGUUUACUGUUUACUGUUUAGGGGGGAGAUGGAUGAGGGAAUUUGAGAAGGGAGAAGGAGGAUAUCUGAAGUCAAAAAUUAGGAUUUCUAGUUUUUAAAGUCUCCUAAGACUACACUGUAGCGUGGAUUUUUUUCUCUUCUUUUAGUUUUUUUAAAGGGGAGGGAAGGAGGGAAGGCAGAUAUAAUCAUAAUUUUAAUUACUGGGGUGGUUGAUUGAUGAUUGAUGGAGAGGAAAAGGAGUACAGAGAGAGGAGAAGAGGAGAACAGAACUUUUUCACGUGGCUUUUCUAUCGUAUUACUUUUUUGAUUUUGCGA